UUUUUUUUAGUUCCUUUUCAGGGAGCUCACUGUCACUUUUCAAAAACAUAAAAUAUCGCCAUUUCUCUUCCCUCUUUCUUCUUGUUUUCUUUUUUUUCUUUUCUUUUUUUUCUUUUAUAUAUAUACAUAUUCUCAUUACUUUCAUUUCUACAUUCGUUUCUUUUAAUAAAGUAAACAAUGCUUACCAUUCACUUGGAAAAUGAUUCUCUCUAUUUAUAUGGAACACCUGAAGCAUCAGCUGGAACGGAGAUACGUGGUUGUCUUGAAAUAUAUUUCAACGAGCCAACAAGAGUCAAUUCUAUCACUCUACGCUUCUUUGGUAUAUUGAAAUUACAAUGGGAAGAAGGAUCAUCAAAUAUUACUCAUCAUCGACGACAGUGCAAAAUCAAAAAGACAUUGAUACAACAUGAUUGGACUUUUUUAUCAGCAAGAAAAUGGCCUUAUACAAUGGAAGCUCAUAAAACUUACCGAUAUCCGUUUGAUUUGGUCUUGCCUGGUAAUAUGCCGGAAUCCAUUACAACCUCAACUGGCGGUAACUAUGGUUCUUUAUCGUAUGAUUUCAAAGCAACGGUGACUCGACCUUUGGCAGCGAAAAACUUGGUGUUAUAUAGACCUAUUCAAGUGAUUAGACAACAGGAACCGUGCCGCACAUUAUUUCCAAGAUACAAUAUGGUUAUCAACAACACCUAUGGUGAAAAAGUCAAUUAUCGGAUUCAAUUGGAAAAGUCGAUUUAUCAACGGGGUCAACCUAUCCGUAUUCAUUUCAAAUUUGUUCCUUUGGAUCAAGGUCUUCGUAUUCGUCAUGUCAGCUGUUUCCUCAAAGAAUACGUUACCCUGAUUCAUUCUAUUGAACACAUAUCAAGUAUUCAUCCAUCAUCAUCAUGUACGCGUCAACAGAGCCGAAUUAUAUCUUUGACUAGAGAUGAUCAUUUCCCUUGUCGUGGUCAAGAAUGGAAAAAAAUGGAAACCUUGGUGAUCCCUCGCUCGACUCAAGCUGUGCAAUUUGAUUUGGAUCAUCCUUUGCUGAAAAUCGAACACAAGUUACGAUUUACUAUUUGUUUUAUCCAGCCCCAUGGUCAACUCUCAGAAUUACGUGUGACCAUGCCUAUUCGGCUAUCGGCUACGACCGACGAUGUCUCUGAUUCAAGGAUACGUUCCACGAUGGCAAAUAACACCACCACUAUGACGGCACCAUAUCGUUUUUCUUCUGAUGAUCUACCACGAUACGAAGAUGCAUGUUUAUUGGCUCCUUAUGAACCUUAUCAACAACAAUGGUAUUCACCUCCAUCUCCAGUACCCUCACUACCAGCUCUUGUACAUUGCAACAACAAUCAUUCCUCGUUUCCUUAUGAUGGUAACAAUGAUGAUGAUGAUAUUAUAGAUGAUACUGGCGAUUGGCAUCAACAACAUUUAACGACUCCUUUGGAUCAACCUAUUGCUACUCAUGAUAUCGCUUGUGUUCCUUCAUCUGGUGAUUACUUUUCAUAUCAACCUUGUCAACCUUUGCAACGAGUGCCAUCCUAUGAUACAGCCAUCCGUACUCCCUAUUAGAAUUAGAUGAUCAUAUACUUCUAUUUUUUUUUUUUUAUAUCCACAAGUACAUUUUAGAUUAUCACACACUCAUUCAUUCAUUACAUACACCCAUACAUAUCGUAUAAAUUUCUCAUAUCAAAUAAAAAGAUGAUUAUUAUUGGUUUUUA